GAUAAAAUUGAAGCUACGAAAAGGAGAGCAAUGAAAGUGUAUUCACAUAUUACAUAGCAACUAUAACAGGAAAUGGCUAUAUACCCAAGGUCCCUAUGAGACUACUAAAAAAAAAGAGCAAAGAGAAGUGAUUCAAGUGACCAGUUUGAAAAGAGAGGGAGAUGCCACGCAACACUGAGAUCAAGGCAAGAGUACAUGAUGUGGCCAAGCUGCACAAAAUCGCUGCUGAGUUGUCCCAGAGCAGCGGGGAAGUACUGCACCAGGAGGAUACCUUCUUCAACGCACAGCAAGGCAGACUCAAGCUCAGGGUUAUCAAGGACAAAAAAGAAGAGUUGAUAUAUUACGAGCGACCAGAUCAGGAAGGUCCCAAGUGCAGUGACUAUGUUAAGGUGGAUAGGAAGGCUGGAGAGCUGAGUGGUGACAUAAAGCUAUUAUUGAGUCGUUCCCUUGGAAUUAAAGGAUCUGUCAAGAAGACUAGGACACUCUACAUGGUUGGCCAGACAAGAAUUCAUGUGGAUAAGGUGGAAAAUCUUGGGGACUUUAUGGAACUUGAGGUAAUGCUGAAUGACGACCAGUCUUUGGAAGAAGGAGAGACAAUUGCCAAAGACCUGCAGGAGAAGCUGGGUGUCAAGGAGGAGGACCUUCUCACUGGAGCUUACAUGGACAUGAUUUUGAAGAAAUAAAAGUUUUUCAUUA